UGAACUUUUACAACCUCGAAUGUCGACUUAAAUCACAACAAGUCAAAGACACAGAUCCAUUUGAGAAGACGAUAUACAAUUACUACCAUGGAUCCAACGUCCAAGCGCCCGCCUCCCGCGGCAUCCUCCUCCACGACCUACCCACCCCUCCCCAAGCUCGAGAUCCUCAACCCCUCCGCCCUUCCCUCCCACCGCUUCCUCCGCCCAGCCAAGCGCAUCAACGAAGGCCCCGACGUCUCGCACUUCCUGACCUCCAAAGCCUACCGCGACAUUGGCGUUUGGAUCCUCCAGCUCAACCACGCCCUCGUUCCGCGAAUCAUCAAGAAGUCGACCACAGUUUCUACUUCCGAGCCCACCACAGAUGGACAACAACAACAACAACAACAACAACAACGACAACAAAAGGCAGAGGAAGUCGACGAACAACAACAACCCCCACCACCACCACCUACAGAUGCCCUAGCGGCCAAGCUCCAGCUACUACGCAAAAAGAGGGAUGAGCAGCAGCCGACGACGACGGAAGAAAUCAAGACUUUCCCUUUGCCUAGGUAUAGGGACGGGGAAGGGGUAGAGAAUCAGGAGGAAUCCGAAUCGAUCAAGAAGCUACAGCGGUUGUUGAAGAAGGUGGAAGCCAUCAUUGACGAGGCGCCGCCUGAUCCUGGUCCGAGAAGGUUUGGGAAUGUGAGCUUUAGGACGUGGUUUAAGCUCUUAGAGGAGAGGGCGGAUGGGCUGUUGAGGGAGUAUUUGCCGGGUGGGGUGUUGAGGUGGGAGCAGGGUGCUGGUGGUGAGAAGAAAGAGGAGGAAGAGGGGACGGAAACGGAAACAGAGACAGAGACGGAGGGAGACAGUGACAAGAAAACAAAUGAGCAGAAGCAGGAGGUGGUGGGGCCGUUGGAAGAGCUGAAGGCAUACUUCCUUGGUGGGUUUGGGAGUGCGCAGCGGUUGGAUUACGGGACGGGACAUGAGUUGAGCUUUAUCAUGUUCCUUGGUGGACUCUGGAAGCUGGGUGGUUUUGAGGGAGAGGAGAAUGAUGAGGAUGGGGAGGUGGAGAGGAGGAUUGUGUUGGGGGUCGUUGAGCCUUACCUUCGCGUCAUCCGCCGUCUAAUUCUAACCUACACCCUUGAACCAGCCGGCUCCCAUGGCGUCUGGGGUCUCGACGACCACUCCUUUGUGCCCUACAUUUUCGGCUCAGCGCAGUACACUCGCCCCAUCUCCUCGCCCAACGAACCCACACCCCUCGAGGGCUCCGUCCCUAACGCCCCUAAGCCCAGCGACAUCACCAAGCCCACCGCCGUCGAGCGCUACCGCACCGAAAACAUGUACUUCUCUGCCAUUGGCUUCAUCUACGACGUCAAGAAGGGUCCCUUCUGGGAACACAGUCCCAUUCUCUUCGACGUGUCGGGAAUCAAGGACGGCUGGGGCAAGAUCAACAAGGGCAUGAUCAAGAUGUAUAACGCCGAGGUGCUCAGCAAGUUCCCCGUCGUGCAACAUUUUCCCUUUGGAAGUCUGUUCCAGUGGGAGAAGGAUCCGGAGGCGGGAGUUCCUGUGCAGAGCGUGCAUAUGCAGAAUCAGCCGGUUGCUUCGGCUGCGGUUACUGGUGGUGUAGGUAUUCCUACGGAGAGACCUUCGGGGCCGGGAGGUGUGACGGGAACGGCGGCGCCUUGGGCUCAGGCACCUGCGCAGGCCCCUGCAGCGGGAAUUGGGGCUGGGGCGGGCAUGGCUCCCCCGAUGACAGCCGCGCCGUGGGCAAGAUCCACGGGGGCGGGAGCGGGAGCAGGGGUUGGAGCAUCGGCGGCGAACAGGUUUACGCCAUUCAAGCCUGCUGGAGGACCGGGAGGAGCCCCACACACGGGACCUCCGCCGCCGGAAUCGUUCCCGAGCGGGACACCGGGGACCGCGAGUAACCAGUUUGCGGUAACGAAGGCGCCAUGGACCAAGUAGUGUUGUCUGAAGGCAAGUGGCACUGAUGGAAGAGGUGUAGAUACGAGAAAUACUUGUUAUAGAUGAACGAUACCCAUCACUUUGUCAGCUCC